CUAAUUACCUAAUAUAUUAUUAAAUCACCGUCAAUUGUUCCAGACUCAUCGGUUCCUCCGGUGGCCGCUGUCUAACGGAACUCAACGCUGUCCUUCGCAUCUUCCCAAUUGCGAUUCUUCCUCCUUUAAUACGACAAAAUUAGAAAAAGAGGUUGAAGGCAAUAGCUCAUCAUUAUCAAAGAUAUCAAGAUUUGAAAUUCCUCUCUUCAUCCAUUUUCUAUCUACUGCAGUGCUGCACAAUCUAUUUGCUUAUCCCAGGUUUUAUUGUUUUUUCACAAAUUUAAUUCUAAUAUGAUUGGGUCACCUUGAACCACUCCUUUUUUAUAUCCUAGAGCCUUGAAUGAUUGAGUUGCACAGGGCCACCUUAAAUGAUUGGGCGGCACUGGACAUUCCCUUGUAAAACCCUAAUUGAUCCUCUACUAUAUUUAUAUGCAUGCAUGGUGAUGCUUUUACGACGUAAAAGGAGCUGAUCGAGAAAAAGAAAAAAAGCACGAAAGAAUAAUACAUUACGUUAAAAGAGAGUAAAAGAUGGGGUAAUUUAUCUAAAUAGGACUAAAACAUAAUGACUUUCUCAAUAUAAGACCAUAUGUUUUUAUUUCUCAAUGAAAUGACUUACUCCCUCCGUUCUCAAAAACACUUCAUCUUUUAUUUUUUCUACUUCCAACAAAACACCUCCCCUUUCUAUUAAAAACCACUUUUACCCUUACUUUUUCAUACCCUACCUAUCACAUCAUACUUUUUCUCUAAUAAUCUAUCUAUCACAUCUUACUUUUACCCAUCAAAUCAGGGGCAAAAUUGGAAAUCAACUACAUAAUUUAACACUUCCUUAUUUUUGCCCCCAAAUCAAAUGGGAAGGGUUUUUCCAAACGGAGGGAGUAUGUUUUAGUCCUAUUUAGUGCAAAUUUCACUAAAAGAUGUCCAGUCCAUACUCUACAUACUCCCUAUACUACGUUUACUAUCUAUACAAUUCAUGCAGCAGCGGAGACGAUGCCGCCGCCGCCGCGGCCUGUCCACCGUCUUCUCCCCUUUCAAAGGGGGAGAUCAUCACGACGUUGAGUGUGUUAUCCUGGUUGCUUUUUGUGUUGGUUGCAGUAUACGCUGUGUUCCAUCUUUCGGAGGGCACUACUGAUUAUGUGGAAAACAGGAGAAGCUAUAAGGGCACUGGGUAUAUAUGUAACGUCCGGGGGCGUGAGGGGGCAUUUAACGCCCCAGGGGCGUUAAACACCGCCCCCCGGCGGCGUUACCCCGGCGUCAUCGCCUGUGCGUCAAACAAAUGACGCGGUUCAGCCCUUCAUCAUCCCUCCCCCAACAGUCUCCAACGGCUAAUUUAGCCUCCCCCCCCCCCAAAUAAAAAAAAUCAAAAUUAAAAAAAAAUAUAAAUUCCCUUAAAAAAUCAUUCUCUCACACAUCUCUCACACACAUCUUUCUUUAUAUUCUCUCUAAAAUAUUUAUUAUUUAUUAUAAAUAUUUAUAAAAUAUAUUUUAAAAAUCGGUUCAUCUUCCGACGAUGAAAGAAGAGCUUUCUUUUUGACGAUUGGUUAAUGAGACCGCACCAUACUCCUCUUUUGAGCUUAGAGGAACGUUUUACAAGCGUGGAUAUUAUUUGGCCGAUAGAAUAUAUUCAGAUUAUUACA